AUGUUAAUUGUGCAUUUAUUAGGGGUGAAUCGGUAUUUUACUCUUUAUUCAACUGAGUAUUUAGCGCUUGGUGGGGGAAAUCAUUUUGCAUUGUAUCUCGAUAGUGACUUAUUGAAUGGGUCAAGUUUGGCCUCAGAAACUUAUGGUAACUCUUGUUUGUCACACACCCAAGAAUUUGAAGUGAAGGAAAUUGAGCUGUGGGGGUUUGUAUAUGCUUCAAAGUAUGAAGAGGCGAUAUCAAUGUUGAGGACAGAAGCACCUGGGAUAUGUCGAUGGUUUAUACUGCCCCUGAUUCUGCCUGGUAUAAAAUGCCUAAGUCUACAAGGUGAGCUUUGUGGUUGGACAUGCUUUUACAUUGGUGUGGCUGCUGUUGCUUUUGGAUGCUCUUAUUAUCACCUCAAACCAAAUGAUGGUCACCUUGUUUGGGAUCGUUUUCCUGUAAGUUAUAUCAUUCCUCAUAUUUAA